AUGAAGGGCUCAUCUGUGAUGUUGGUGUUGCUUGGGUGCCUCUUUGUGCUGGGGGUUGCUGUGCAUUCUGCCGAUGCCCUCUACUCGCCCAAGGACGGCGUCAUCCUCGCCACUGAUGCCACCUUCAAUGCGCUCGUUCUCCAGAGCAAUCGUCCUUCCAUCGUUGAGUUCUUCGCCCCCUGGUGUGGACACUGCAAGAACCUGGCUCCCGAGUACAAGAAGGCUGCCGCCGCUACCAAGGGCAUGGUCAAUAUCGUGGCCAUUGACUGCGACGACGCCUCCAACAGGCCUCUCUGCGGUCGCUACGACGUCAAGGGAUUCCCUACGCUCAAGCUGUUCACGCCGGGCCAGAAGGCCCCCACGGACUACCAAGGUCCGCGAACGGCCAAGCCCAUCGUCGACGCCGUGUUGGCCAAGCUCGACGCCAAGAACAUCAAGAAGCUGACGGCCAAGAGCGCCGAGGGCUUCCUGGCCGACAAGGAGCUCCCCAAGGUCCUCCUCUUCACCUCCAAGCCCAAGUCGAGCCACCUCUACAUGGCCCUCUCCAUGGAGUUCAAGGGCAAGCUCGCCUUUGCCGAGAUCCUCGACAAGGAGACCUCGCUCGCCGAGAAGUACGGCGUGGAGUCGUUCCCGACCCUUCUCGUGGUGAAGAACGACGAGGAGCAGACCGUGACCAAGUACGAAGGCGAACUCGGCUACCGGCAGCUCGAUUCCUUCCUCGCGACCUUCGCGCCCAAGUCCGCCAAGGCCAGCAAGGGCGCCAAGUCCGAGAAGGCCGAGGCCAAGGCCGAGCCCACUCCGGUCCCGCUGGAGCAGAAGCUGUACGCGCUCGAGAGCGACGCUGACUACACCAAGUACUGCGUGGAGCAGCGCCGCAUCUGCGCCAUCGGCUUUGUGCCGUCCAAGGAGCAGGACGAGGAGGAGCACGACAAGGCGGUCAAGGCCCUCGAGGCCCUGGCCGCCGAGCGCGAGGCCGGCGACGCCUUCCUCGUGAUGUGGGUCGAUGGCGCCAAGGCCACCGGCUUCCGCCGCACGCUCGACCUCGCCUUCGACCUGCCCACCUUCGCCGUCGCCAGCCCCAAGAAGAAGGGCUACGCCCCGUUCCGCGGCGCCUUCACCCCCAAGGCCAUGGGCGAGUUCCUCGACAGCAUCAAGCACGGCGUCAAGCGGACCCACCCCCUCCCCGACUUCCCCGCCUCCCUCUUCGACGCCCAGGCCUAA